GGCACGUAGUUUUCAAUUUUGAUGAAAACACGCUUUCUGGGGCUGGCUGGAGUUGUGAAAUCAUAUUCAAAGAGAAGAACACACCUCAGAGAAAAAGGGUUGUGAGAAGUAAAGAAGACGCAAACAGUGGUUUGAUUCGAUUGGGCAAAAGGAGCGAGCGAUUGGAAACGUGCCUAACGCUACUUCCAUUUUUUUUUAUAUGCUUUCGCCACAUGCAACAGUGACGCCACCACGAGAUCCACUCGUUUGGAAUCAUCCUUCACCCAUCUUGGUUCCAUCUAAUUAAAAAAAAAAAAACUUAAACAAGAGAGAGAAAUGGGUUUUGAAAAUCAAGCGAUUUGAGACGUGGGUUUUGAAGUUGAGGCCAUUUGGUUGAUGGGUUUUUGAGGAAAUCUGAGGAAUUUUUUCAAUGUCGGAGAGCGAUCAGCGGCGUCUUCUGGGGUUGUCGGAGGAUGACGUGGAAGCUCGGGGGUCGGAAUUGGUGGCGGUCACUGGCAGCGGCAAUGGUGGCAGUGGCAGCAACAAAGGGUUGAGAGAUUUGUUAAGGUUGUCGGGUAACCGACACAGUUUCAAGCGUAUUGACAAAGAAGAAGAUAGGGAUAGGGAUAGGGAUAGGGAUAGGAAUAGAGAUAGAGAUAGAGAUAGAGAUAGAGAUAGAAGAGAUCACAAUCGGCAUCUUCACGAUGUGGAUCUGGAUUCUUCUGUUGAUGUCCUUGGCGACAGUGCACCUCCUGAAUGGGCGUUGCUUCUUAUUGGUUGCCUCAUUGGACUUACCACUGGCCUCUUUGUUGCAUUUUUCAAUAAAGGGGUGCAUGUAAUACAUGAAUGGGUAUGGGCUGGUACUCCAAAUGAGGGUGCUGCCUGGCUUCGUAUUCAGAGAUUGGCUGAUACAUGGCAUCGGAUCCUUUUGGUACCUGUCACUGGAGGAGUCAUUGUUGGCAUGAUGUGUGGUUUACUGGAAAUACUGGACCAAAUAAAGCAGUCUACUUCCUCUCAAACUCAAACACAGGGUUUUGAUUUUCUUGCAGGAAUCUUUCCGACAAUAAAGGCUAUCCAGGCUGCAGUUACUUUAGGUACUGGAUGUUCAUUAGGUCCUGAAGGUCCUAGUGUUGAUAUUGGGAAGUCAUGUGCCAAUGGAUUCUCACUAAUGAUGGAACACAACAGAGAAAGGAAAAUAGCACUUGUUGCAGCUGGUGCAGCAGCUGGUAUUUCUUCAGGCUUCAAUGCACCAGUUGCUGGUUGUUUCUUUGCUAUUGAAACUGUGCUGCGGCCUCUUCGUGCAGAGAACUCUCCCCCAUUUACAACUGCCAUGAUUAUAUUGGCUUCUGUUAUCUCGUCAACUGUAUCAAAUGUUUUACAGGGAAUCCGAUCAGCGUUUACCAUACCUGAAUAUGAUUUGAAAUCUGCAGCUGAGCUACCUUUAUACCUGAUAUUGGGAAUGCUAUGUGGUGUUAUAAGUGUGGCCAUGAGUCGGUUGGUUGCUUGGUUCACCAAAUUGUUUAAGAUUAUUCAGGAUAAGUUUGGCAUUCCUACUGUGGUCUCCCCUGCUUUAGGUGGCUUAGGAGCUGGGAUCAUUGCUCUUAAAUAUCCUGGAAUAUUGUAUUGGGGUUUCACAAAUGUGGAAGAAAUUCUACGUACUGGAAAGAGUGCUUCAGCUCCUGGAAUAUGGCUUCUGACUCAAUUGGUAGCUGCUAAGGUUAUUGCUACAGCUCUUUGCAAGGGAUCUGGGCUUGUAGGGGGUCUUUAUGCUCCAAGUUUAAUGAUAGGUGCUGCAGCUGGUGCUGUAUUUGGAGGCUUUUCUGCUGAAGUUAUUAAUUCAGCAAUUCCUGGAAAUGCUGCUGUUGCUCAACCCCCGGCGUAUGCUCUGGUUGGAAUGGCUGCUACAUUAGCAUCUGCUUGUUCUGUUCCAUUGACUUCAGUUCUACUUCUGUUUGAGCUGACAAAAGAUUAUAGGAUAUUGCUUCCUCUCAUGGGAGCUGUUGGAUUGGCAAUAUGGGUUCCCUCAGUGACAAACCAGGCGAAGGAGAGUGAUACUCCUGAUACAAGUAACUCAGCAAGAGUAUAUUCACCAGUUUCACAUGCUGAAGAUGACAAUGAGGGUAACUGGAGACGAGCCAAUGAUGAGAAUGAUUUAGAACUCUCUGUGGUUGGAGAUGGCACUGAUCUUGAAGCAAUUGAUAAGGAACUGCUUCUGGACAAUCUUAAGGUUUCUCAGGCCAUGUCAAAACAAUAUCUGAAGGUUUUGUCAUCUGCAACGCUGAAAGAUGCAAUAAAAUGCAUGCAUGACAACCAGCAGAACUGUGUGUUGGUGGUUGAUAAAGAAGAUUUUCUAGAAGGAAUAUUGACAUAUGGUGAUGUUAAAAGGUGUCUGUCCCCGAAGUCUGAUGAUACUUCCAACGGCGAUUCAGAGAUUCGGGAUACACACACAUGCCUUGUUUCCUCUGUUUGUACUCGAGGGAUGAGCUAUCGCGGACGAGAGCGGGGUAUUUUAACCUGCUAUCCAAAUACUAGUUUGGCUAUGGCCAAAGAGUUGAUGGAGGCCAAGGGCAUCAAGCAAUUGCCAGUUGUUAAACGAGGUGGAGAUCACAUUAAAGAAAGGAAGCGAAGAAUUGUUGGUGUUCUCCAUUAUGACGCACUGUGGCAAUGUCUCAGGAAAGAGAUUAAUCACCGGCAGGCAGCGUAUCAAAACAGGACAGAAAACAAUUUGGCUGUGAUAACAACUAAUGGACACUAAUUCUGUGGGGCAAUUUUUUUGGUUGCCCUUAUGAAAGAAAUAGUGAGGUUGCAGCAACAAGCAACAAGCUCCUUCGUUGCCAUCAAAUCAAAAGUUAGACUACAAGUCAUGUCAUGUAUAUUCUAGUGCCAAAAAUAUGGUUAUUUGAUAAGGAAGAGAAUAUUUCCAUCCCACAAGUUAAGAUCAUCAAUCAUAACCCCAAAUUCUUUUGCAUAAUUUAGGACACUGCAGCGUGUAAAGUAAAACUAUAAGAAGCAAAAGACUACGAAAUACAAUGGGAAAUAUAAAAGUUGUUUACACACGGAAAACCCUCAUGGAUUUCAUUUCCAAUAUUCAUAUAUAUAUUUUUUCAUUUGCGAAAUAUGGUUGGUAGAUAUUGGAGAUGCAACAAGCUCCUUCCUGAGCACCUAUUUCUCAGGGAUUUGAACAAACAUGCAUUUCUUGUAGUGACAUUAUUCUAUUUGACACUUUUGACUUUUGUUAUAAGAGUGAUAGUUGUA